AAAUAACUAUCGAACAUGUGUCCCACGGUGACGCUGUGUUGAAAAUAUCACGCGACAGAUAUGCUCCGGUUUUGUUAUUAAUUUCCGUAUGGGUUCGGAAUUUUCAGGUUCAUUCGAAGCGAUAUUUCGUUCUUCAUUUUCGCCAUGCGACUCUAUGCGUCCAAAAGGAAUGAACGGAACGCUCGUUCUGCGUCUCGAUUUACUGUAAACGACGAUCCGGAAUGACGUCCUCGAGCGCGCCACGAUGCAGCAGCGGUUACUGCGACGCCCGGUCCGAUAAGCCGACCAUUUCGUUUCGCCCGCCAUUACCGUGAACGAGAAAGAAGAUUGAAAUGCGAAGUGGAAUAAAACGACGAUUCCAUGAAAUUUUUCCGUCGAUAUCUGCAAGUGCUCGAUAAUUUAUGCGGUAAACGGAGCGUUCUCUCCGUGAACGUUUUAUCCGUUCCUGAUGAAGUAACGGGUUCUCCGUACUUCGCGUUUUCUCCUGCUCGCCAUAUAUGAACUCUACGCUGGUCUUCUGGAAAGCAAUGAAUAUUGCAGGGGAACCCCAACUAGAAUAUGGAUGCAGCAAAUGAUCCUAUUAAGGCUCUAAUAGAAUCAACUGGAUUGACAUGUGACGACCUUCUACAAAAGUUGUUACAAUAUAAAAACCAACAAAACAAAACCACCGAUAAUUCGACACAGGCAGUUUCUUCAGUAAACUCUACAGAAGGCAAAGCUGACAAUCAUGAUGAUACUGCUAACACCACAUCCGAAAAAGUCGAUGGACAUAGUAAUUUCGAUAAUUCAAAAACUACUAAUAACAUCUGUGAUAAUAUUGAUGAACAAGACGGUUCUAGUGUUGACGGUUAUAAUGGAGAUCCUGUUAUCCAUGAAAAUCCUCAGUUAUCGAGUGUUGGUGAAAAAUCAAAUAAAGUAUUUGGACCUGUGGAAACUACAACUGAAAACCUCUCUUCUAUCGUUGAACAUCAAGAAGAGAUCUCGAGGACUGGUUUGAAUAACGCAUCACCUGAAUUAAAUGAAGAUUUGGAUACAACCGAACCUCCUACAUGUGAUGUGAACAAAAAGAGUCUAGAAGAUGAAUCUCUCUCGAAAAAUCAGAAGGAAACUUCAAAUGAGGAACAUCCCUUGGUGCAAGGUCCCUUACCCUUACGUUCUUCUGAAGAAUGUCCCACAAAUCUGGCCAGUAAAAGCAUCAGUACCUCACCAAAAAGUGCAUCUUUUCAAUCUGAAAUUGAUGAAUCGAACUCUGAUGCGAAUAUUCCAAAAACAAACGUACUGGAGAAAUGGAAUGAUGUUUUUAGGAGAAAAUCAAUAUCAAACGAUUUGGUGGAGAAGUUGUCCAACAGAUUGGAAAUUGACCAUGACAACGCAUCCAAAAAUCCCGAAAACAGUGACGAUACCAAAGAAAACGAUAUAGAAGUUUGUCAGUUGGAAGAUAUAGAAGUUGUGCCAGCUAAACCCCUGUUGAAACUGAGAAGUGAUCUUUUUGCAAAUAAUUCCAAGGGAAACUUUCACCCAUCCGAUAACGAAGAUGAAAAUGAGGAGAAUACCCCAGAGAUUAAAGAAUUCUUGAGAAAUGUUGAAGAAGUAACUGGAGAAGUUCAGAGUAUUCCUGUGAAGAGUCCGAUUCCUACAACAUCUGAGGGUGUCCUCAAAAUCGAUAAUUCGAGAAUGAGAAGAGUUAAAAUGGGCUUCGUAAAGAAACGAAUAUUACAUAAAGCAAUAAAAUGUUUGAACGACGUUGAAUCCAGAAAGACUGAACAAAGCAAACGCAAUGGUGUACUUUCUUCACAACCUGAGAAACCACAUAGUGAUUUUGCAAAAGUUAAUGAGGUUUCAGAAGAAGAAAUACGAAAGAAUCUAAAGUUGCAAUUGUGUACACUUAGAAAUAGGAAGAAAACGACUAAUUUAUUCAAAGAUAAAUGUAAAAUAAAUAAUUUGAACAUAACUUAUGACAAAAAGAAAGUUCUGAAUGCUGUUAAUGUUUCCGCAGAUGACAGUUCGAUGAUAAAUGACCAUCAGCCUACAUCACCACAGUAUUCGAUGGAUGUGGACGUAGAAAACUCCAUUUCGGAGCAAACUGCAAGGAACGGCGUAGAUUCUUUGUUUUCUCUUUCUACAGGCGCAGAUUUCAUGAUUGUCGAUGUACAAGGUGGUGUGGAAUUCCCGGAGGUCUCUGAAAAUUUGAAAAAACCCGAAAAUCCUGAGAGUACCGAUCUUAUCAAAUUGACCAAAACGAAAGACGUAACUAAAAUAAAGGGGUGGCAAAACAAGAAAUUCCAGUUGUGUCGAGAAGAUAGUCCCAAAGAUUCGCCCAAUACCAAAGAAGUACCUCAAUCGGAUCUACCUAAAUCGACUAGUAGCAGUAAAACCAAAAAAAGUAAUCCUAACAAAGAAGAAUUAUCACCCUUUGUCAGUAAUUCUUUGGAGGAAUUCCUAACGGAAAAUUCAACAUUGAAUAUAAGCUACAAUAUUCCCAAAUUAGGUGCGGAAGAAACUAUCAAUACAGAAAAAUAUAAUACUGUUAUAAUACCACAGACUGAGAGUGCAACUAAUGAGUCAGAGAAAAAAGAGGAUGAUGAUAAGCCUAAAAGUAUCAAACCUAAAACUUUGGCUGAAAAACGAAGAAUGUUGGAAGGUAGUAAACCAAAAGUCACAAAUAUAGAAACAGUUUUCAAUAAAACAAGUUACGUAGUUUACAAUGGACGUAAAUUGUUCGUACCUACUACAGUUACAAAGGAAUGCUUGGUAAAUAUCAAAUUCAAGCCAAAAUUGUACAAAACUCAUGCCGCCACUAACGAACUUGCCAAUAAAACCGAUAAAAAUAGGAAAUUGUCAUUGUUGGGUUUGUAUCAUCAACAAUCCGACCCUGUAUCGUACAAACCAGGCCCUUUACGGGAAAAAUUUAGACUACAAAACAAAGAAUCACGGUCCUUGUGGCACACAGAGGUGCGGAAACUGCCAACGGUCAAAUUGAAUAUUGUACCGGAGGUUGGCAAACCUGUACCUAGACAUUUGGAGCAUUUUUUCAAGUUUGAUACGAAGAUUAAAGAGGAUCGUUUGGAGCUAGCUUUGAGCGCACUUGUGGACAAGAAACAAGUGAAACAGGGUUUCAGCCUGACCGUCCCAUAUGCUAAUAAUCAAAAAUACAUUUUGGUGAGAAAAAGGAACCGUGUUCAUCACGAUACGGUUUAUGAUAUUCCUGCUGAAAAAGACACAGUGGAGAGUGUCUUGGAAGAUAUUGUAUCGUACGUUGAAAAUAAGGAAAACGAAGAUUUGAUCGUCAGAGAUGCUGAAGUUUACAAGGAAGAUCCUGUCGUGGAGAAAGAUAAAGAAUUGGUCAUCGCAGCUGAGGCUAGUCCUGCUAAAAAACCGAAACGUCGCAGGAUGGAUACGGAACUGUUAAGACUCAGUUGUAAAGUUUUGAGUGUCUCAGUUGACGAGUCGGAAGAAGAAGAAUCCAGUUGUCAGAAGCCUUUUUGCAAAUUAGGAUGCGUCUGUAAAAGCUUAGCAUGCACCCCACGACUGGGGAUUCAUUGCUCGAAGAUCGAAUGUAUGUUCGAGUGUAAUUGUUCCACCGACGAGAAUAUCUCGCUCGAAGGAUCCACCUUGUCGUCGGACGCUGUCACGAGACUCGAAGAUCAAGCUAAGAGGAACUUGGCCAAAGUCGAGAAGGAAUUCACGCAAACCAUCAUCCACACCAACGAUAAAACAAUUUUGAUUCCGUCCAGCGAUAGGAAUAAAACGAAGCGGACAAAAAGGAUGCCGAAGCGAUAUUCGGAUUUCUUCGAAGACUUCGAUUUGAAGGAGAAUACAGAUUCGUUGAAAGAUGAGAGGGAGAAUCACACCAAGGAGAUUCCAAACUGUUACGUCGAACUGGAAAAAUUAGACGUUAAAGGUAUCAUACCUCUUUGCUUGUAUCAUGACUGCUAUAGUUGUGGCUGUUUAUCUAGUCAGGAGAAGAAUAAUUCUAAUCCACCCUCAGACGUCGAAGGUCAGGAAUCCUUGCCUAAAGUAAACAAGAAGAGGAAAUUGUCUGUUGAAAAGAAGAAAACAGCGAAAGAACUCGACGAACAAAUUGAAGAAAGUCCAACAGAGAAUAUUUCCGAUUCGGAAUAUAUGGAAGCAUUGAGGGUGGUUGGUAGUAGGAAAUACAGGGAGAAGGGACGUUGUGCUAGAAUUUUCGGAGUUCACCCAGAAGUAUUGGCGAGAAACGAGAUUCCUUUCUAUAAAAAUAAGAUAAGAUCGAAAGUAUCCCAGACUGAGAUGUCGGUAACAUUCGAUACGGCCACCAUACAAAAGUUGAAUUAUACAGAACCGUUCACUGAAUAUAUAGACGUUACCACGCCCCUACCCAUUUUAGCCUCUGAUAGAUUAAAAUAUUUCAUACUGGGAGUACGUCCCCAUAAGAGAAAACAGACUUUCGAUGACGUGUUGGUGGAUAAAACGCCAACGAAAAAAAUGAGGGAUUACGUCGAUGAGCCGGUCGCUCAUCUCCAAAAAAUGGAAAAUUCAACGUGUAACGCAGUGUUCGAUGGUGAAAUAAUCGUACCGACAAACGAGAACAAAGACUUCGUUAAGAAACUCGGCGUUAAAAGUGCCGCUCCUUACAUGAGGCUACUGCCUUGGAACGACCUAUUGAGAAAUUAUUACGGUCGUAAAAUAAAUAUAUGGUGUCGGAAAAACAGCAAUAAGAACAUGCUCUUGAAUCUCACCGAGAAAGGCUCCCCUCCUGGUUACGUAGAAAUUGGCGAAUCUAAAAAAAAGAAUGGAAUUAUGAAUUGGAUAUUGUCGGGAGAACUCCCGAAGAGUACCCCUGCGAAAUUGGUACAUUUGAUUCUUUCUCCUAGAGGCGACUAUUUCGAAAUAUCCGGAAUAUGCCUGAAGAAUAUCACCGAAGAGGAAAAGGCCAAACAGUUCAUAGAACCGAAAAGAAAAGAAACGCACGAGGAAAAGGCCAAACAGUUCAUAGAACCGAAGAGAAAAGAAACGCAAGAGGAACCAACAGCGGAACAAGUCAAAAUUACCCGUGAUUCCAAAUUCUUCACCCACAAGAAUCACAAUAACGAAAUGAACUUAUUAGUGAUGACGCAGAAGGAUUAUUUUCCGACGGUGUUGUACGUUUUGCCCAACGGUCAACCGUCUAACGAAGACACAGCUCCUCUUCACGUCGGACUCCCUGUAUACGAAUCCCUACGAUGGAGAAUGCUGUUCUUAAACUCGAACUUCACCUUCCUGUCUUUCCUGAAGAACAACUAUUCGAUCAAAUAUACAGACCUCAUGAGCGUCGUGAAGAAAGCCCAAGAUACCCACAAGACCGUCAGUCUGCAGGGCAGAAAAUUGAGCGCUGGGUACAGUCAGAAAAAUUUUGGGAUUUAUGCCGUACCUAAGUUUGUCGACAUGCUUUUUAUUGGACCGUACGAGAUGCUGGAAGAUCACGAUUUACAGACGCUGCGGUAUCUGAAACAGGAAUUGGUCCCUACGGAAUAUUUCGAAAGGGUGCAGGGUGGCGCGAUUCCCUUGAAAAGGAAGGAUAAGUGGCUGGUUUCCAAAGAUUUUUACUGUCGCCUGACGAAAUCGAAUGCUGCGAAAGUGAAGAAAAAAAUUAUAUUGUCGAAUCCCAAUGUUUCCACGUCGAAACAAACCGAUGAAAAUUCCGAAUAUGCCGUCCUCACCCCUCUGCCUAGCACGUCCACGAAGCCGAGUAAAGACGACCAGAAUUAUUUGAAGAACCACGAGGAGCUGCAGAAUUUGAACUCGCAAUUCCUGGACGGUAGCGGCAAUUUCAUAACGUCCAUGGAUUUGGAGACGAAGGCGUUCGUCAAAUUCCCGAAUUUUUCGAUUUUGAACGGGAAGAAGAUGAGGCUGCAAGACUACAAUUGUUAUCUGAUGACGAACAUACCGGGAUUCGGAUAUCUGGGCGCUGUUAGGUCUGAGGAUAGCGAGGCCGUGGAGGUGGAUUGGCCCUUCGGCAAUAAGGUUCUGCGAUUUGCCAAUGUUACUGUCGCCAUUCUGUUCAUCAAAAGACGUUUCGCCAAUCUGUUAUUGCCAGUGCCUGCUACUUUCAAUUUGAGAAUUGCCGUGAAGGAGGAUGUUAACACUCUGAAAAUUAUAAAGCCGGUAGACCCUAAGUUGCUGAAUGGAACUCAUAUAUGCGGAGCGUUUGGAAUUUUGGAUUCUAGAAAACUGACACCCGAGUUAGCUGUUACUCUGGGUACUACCCAAGAAGACGUUCUGCAGAGACUGGCUAAACGAGCUCAAUUUUUGGUAAGAUCUCGUUUGACAACUUUGGGAUUGUUUCUUUUACCAAAAGAUGAACAACUUGAAGAUGUACUUGAUAACGUGGCCCAUUUAUCAAAAUUGGGAAGUUUGGAAAUCGAUAAACUGAAAAGCCAAGAAAAAGCUCUCAUUGAUACAAAGAAAGAGUUAAUCGUCAAAAAACAAACAUAUCUGAAGAGAUACAUGGAGCUCUUAAUGCACCUGCCGGAAGAAAAAAGACUGAAGGAAUACGCCAAAUUCCGACAAAAGCUAGAUGGUGCCCCCAAGCACGAGAAAAAGGUUUCCCCUGAUAAUGGAGGGGAUUGUAUAGCUAUUGAGGAUUCGGACUCUGAACAACAAUCAACUGUGGAAACUAAAGAGUCUGCUGUUCAGAAUCAAACUCCAAAGAAGCAGCUCACCAUGAAAUCGAUACUUAAGCCAAGAGUGUCCUCACCAAUAACACCACCUACUUCAUCAGACAGUGAAUAUUCUAAGCCUGUGGAGAAUUUCAAAUUGGUGAAAACGCCGUCUGGAAAAAUGGUUCUUAUCAAGGAUAACACCGGAGCAUCACUAUCUAGGUCUCUAUCGGGGAUCAAACUGAAAAUAAAGAAUAACAAAGUGAUCACGCCACCUGAAUGAAUUGACAUUUUUCCAGUGUUUAUUUGUAGGUAAUUUGGUUAUUAACCAUCGCUACCGAUAUUUGCCAAAGAUUGAACCACCAAUAGUGAAAAUUAUUUCAGUUGUGCAUUCUUCGUCUAUUCCGACAUUUCGAAUCUCUUCUUGAGUUUUGUAGUUUAUUUGAAGAGUUUAUUAAAAACAAUAGAAAGGCAAGUUUUGAAUUUGAGUCUUAUUUUAUAACAUCUAUGGCAAUGUUGCAGGAAUGUUGAUAAUCAUUUUACACUCGUUAAGUUGCCAUCUGUAUUAAAAGGACAUAUUUAAUUUUUAAAAUGAAAGUUGUAUAUAGUUUAUUGUGUACUGUAUAUAGUGUAAAUUUGAUUCAUCACAUUUCUUAUCAGUUUGAAUCCAUGAAGCAUACAAACAAAUGUAACACUGACUAUUGAUAAUUGUUGGAAUGAUCACCUGAAUGUUUUCGUUCAUUGUAUAUAAUCUACAUUACAUACAAUAAGAAUAAUAUUGUUAUGUUAUUUUUAAGCAAUCGCUCUUGGUGUGUUAAAGUUGAUUUUAUAUUUAAGUUGGAGAAAAAUAUGUGAUAUAUAACUGUGAAUAUAAUUAAUAUACUUUUUGCUAUAA